CCUAACCACCACCCUCAUCAAUUCUCUCUCUCAGGCUGCUUCACUACUGAUUUCGGAAAGCAGCAACCAUUAGCAGAAUCUCCGCAUUGCGAAACCUGCUCAGUAUUCCUUCUCUGCGGUCUCCAUCUUCUCUGAAGAGAAUAACGUUAAUGGUGAAGGACGUGAGAUCGGAUUGCGAGCCAUGGCCGACGGUGAGCCGGAAAAGCAAUCAGAUCUGGUUGAAACUCUUCGUUUCAGCCCUAGUUGUGGGAGUCUCAUUCCGCCUCUUGUUUCUUCGCUCUUCUGCUGUUCUCCCCGUCGCAGGAACCCCCUCUGCUGCCAAGAAAACCGAGUUUCUGUUGAAUGCGACGAGCGAAAAAUGUGAUAUUUUCACCGGAGAAUGGGUUCCAAGUCCUUCAGGACCUCCUUACACCAAUGAAAGCUGCCGUUUUAUCGAGGACCCGCAGAAUUGUUUGAAGAACGGACGUACGGAUACUGGGUAUCUUUACUGGAGAUGGAAACCUUAUGGUUGCAGUGUUCUUCCUUUUGAUGGAGCAAAGUUUUUGGAUGCAAUGCAGAAUAAAGCGUGGGCGCUAAUCGGUGAUUCAAUUCUUCGCAAUCAUGUCCAAUCAUUGAUAUGUCUUUUAUCCAAGGUUGAGGAAGCUGUCGAGGUCUACCAUGACAAGGAUUUCAAAUCCAGAAGAUGGCACUUCCCUUCUCACAACUUCACCCUCUCUCUUGUCUGGGCACCCUUCCUGGUUAAAGCUGAAAUAUUCGAGAAUGAUGACGGCCAAUCGGAUUCCGAGAUCCAACUACACCUCGACACCCUCGACGCCAAAUGGACUGAUGAUUAUCAUGACUUUGACUACAUAGUGAUCUCUGCGGGUCAGUGGUUUCUGAAAACAGCCAUCUACUGGGAGAACCGCAGGGUGGUGGGCUGCCAUUACUGCCCCGGGAAGAACUUAACUGAGCUGGGGUUCGAUCAUGCCUAUCGAACGAGCCUCAGAAAGCUCUUCGAUCACAUCCUACAAUCCGAUCAUAAGCCGCUGGUUAUUUACCGUACCUGGACACCUGAUCACUUCGAGAAUGGAGAGUGGUUCAGCGGUGGCACUUGCAACCGGACGAAGCCUUAUGCUGCCGGUGAAUUCGCCGGCAGAGAUGUGGAUCACCUGAUGAGGAAGACGGAGUUGGACGAGUUUUGGAGAGCGAAAAGGAAAGGUUCUGCUGACGGAAUUCGUCUUGAACUUUUGGAUACCUAUGAGCUUUCCUUGCAACGUCCUGAUGGCCAUCCUGGGCCUUACAGAACAUUUCACCCUUUCGACAGGGAGAAGAAGAAUGCUGGUGUUCAGAAUGACUGUCUGCACUGGUGCUUGCCUGGCCCCAUAGAUGCCUGGAAUGAUUUGCUCAUGAAGAUGGUGAUAGAUGAUUUAUAACUUUAUUUUUGUAUUUGGAUUACCGGAGGUAUGAAUUGUAAUCAUGGUUAAUAAUUGUAAAUUAUGUUGGAUUAGAGAGACAAAAUGGGUUCACAGGUGGUCUUCCUGAUAUGUGAUUUUAGAUUGUGAAGUAUUAUUUAUGUGGGAAUUGGGGUGGUUAGAAUCAUUGUUUGAUGUUAAUUUUUGUUAAGAACUUUGUAGCAUGUAAAUUUUUGUAUUUGUUUUGU